AUUUAGCAAUGUUUUUGAGAAAAUUGUUGUUUUGAUGCUUCUUGUUUGCCUGUCUGCUAACGGAUUUAAGUCUUAAAUCUGAGGCUAGUCAGAUCUUUAAAGUGGACUUAAAUAAGGAUAUAAAGCUUAAAAGAUCAAUUAGAAAAUUUGCAAAAUAAUCUUGAGAAAUAAGGUGUAUGAAUGCGCUGUGAGCAGUAUAAAAAUAGGCGUCAUAAGCUUUCAACUUUGCUUGACAAAGCAGUGCAAUUUGUACGGUUUAAAUCAUUAAAUCAAGUUUAGUUCAUCACAAGUUUAUUAUUUUGUUUAAUAUUAUUUCCCAUAGUUUUGUGAUCAAAACCCGUUGAAAACACGAUAAGUGAUGUCUGAGGAUCAACAAGAAAAUGGAACUUCCAAUGGAGAAGUUCCGGAAAUUGAAUUAAUCAUUAAAGCUUCAACUAUUGAUGGCCGGCGAAAAGGUGCUUGCUUGUUUUGUCAAGAAUAUUUCAUGGACUUGUACUUAUUGGCAGAGCUGAAAACAAUUAGUCUAAAGGUCACUACUGUUGACAUGCAAAAACCACCACCGGACUUUCGUACAAAUUUCGAGGCAACACAUCCACCAAUUUUGAUUGAUAAUGGACUUGCAAUUCUCGAGAAUGAUAAGAUUGAACGCCAUAUUAUGAAGAAUAUCCCAGGAGGUCAUAAUCUUUUUGUACAAGAUAAGGAAGUUGCAACAUUAAUUGAAAACUUAUAUUCGAAAUUGAAAUUGGUGCUUGUGAAGAAGGAUGAGCAAAAGAAUAAUGCAUUAUUGUCACACUUGAAGAAGAUAAAUGAUCAUUUAACACAACGAAACAGCCGCUUUCUCACCGGUGAUACAAUGUGCUGCUUUGAUUGUGAACUUAUGCCUCGAUUGCAGCAUAUUCGUGUUGCUGGAAAGUACUUCAGCGAUUUUGAAAUUCCAACAAAUUUAGCUGCAUUAUGGAAGUACAUGUAUCAUAUGUAUCAACUAGAUGCAUUUACCCAAUCAUGUCCUGCAGAUCAAGACAUUAUAAAUCACUAUAAACUUCAGCAGGCUAAGGGUGAUCACAAGAUGCUAAAAAUGAAGAAGCAUGAAGAAUUGGAAACUCCAACAUUUACAACUUCAAUUCCAAUUGACAUCACAGAUAACUAAGAAUUUUUGAAUUACUUUAGACAGAAAUGAAUGUACUGCUUAAUAAUAUCAAUAAUUCAUUAAAUGCUUAAUAUAAAAAAUACAAUGAUCAUUGAGUAAAAAUACAAUUUAAACUUUUAUUUAAAAAGUAUGAAAUCUUUAUAAAAUAGACACAAAAAAUGAGUAUUACCAUUUUUAUUACAAUUACAAUGAAACAGCUUAAUUUUGGAAAGUUAUUUUUUUAUUCCAAAAUAUAAUAAUGAAGGAUGGAACGUUAUAGUAAUAUAAGAAUAAAGAAAAGAAAAAAAAAACUUUGCGAAUAGAAAGUUAUGCAAAAUAAAAAACAAGAAAUUCUAAAAUUAUUUUUUUUUCAAAUGUGCCUUUUUACCAAAAGUAAAAGAUUUUUUUAAAAUGCUUAUCCAGUGGAAUAAAUUUCAAAUUAUUCAUAAGCAUUUGUUAGAGCAAUUAAGUUAACUUUUUCAUCGGGAAUUUUAAUUUUUCUUUAAUAUGGAUGUGGUUACUUUCGUUUCUUCAUAUUUUCUUAUUUUCUACUUUUUUCCAUUUAAAUUUACAAUGUAAAAAUCACUAAUUACAGUUUAAUUUCAAUAAAUAUAUAUUGAAAAAUGG